AUGAUCUCUAACAAGAGUCAACUCCUCUCUAGGUUCAAAGACACUCAAGGCCUCAACACUGUGUUGCUUACUGACCUAGUCGAGACGACAAUCAAAGAGAUGGGUUUGCAACAGUUGGUACGCACUCUAGAAGUUACACCAGAAGGUCACUACAAAAGUUGCGUUAGGGGAAUCUCCAAAUUGAUCACAUCCAAGUUUGGAAUCAUCACCGUCUCCAUCCAAAGCCAUCACUCUGUCAUGUUCACCAUCACUGCCAACGAUCGUGCCUAUCUUUUGCAUCUGGAUUCUCUGUUGUUUGGGUCCCACAAAGACUACGCAAACAACUUCUAUGAUGAUUACAAGAAUGUUGUCAAGAAGAAGAAGUAUGAAGCCAUCCCCAUCAAGACCCUACAGAAUAAGGUGCAGACAUGUAAUUGGCGAUGUGGACUCUAUGUGUACAAGUUCGUAAGGUCCUUCCUCAGCAUGAUCGCAUCAACAGAUAGCAUUGGUGAGGAUCAUUUGUGCCAAUACCUCCAAUCGAUGACAAAGCUGAAGUGCAGAGAUGCUGAAGACUUUGACAAUGUUGAACAAAUCAUUCAAAUGUACACCAGAAGUUAUCGAUCAACCAAGUAG